ACAGUGAAAGUCCAGGGCAACGACAUCUCACACAAGCUGCAGAUCUCCAGAGUCAGCAAGAGCGACGAAGGACUGUACGAAUGCCGGGUGACACGAGCUAACUACGGAGAGAUUGUGGAGUACAAAGCCCAAGCCUGGCUGAAGGUCAACGCCACGGCCAGGCCACGACGACCACUGCUGCCUCCCAAGAAAAGCUCCCCGCUGCACCUGACUGACAAGAAACCGAGAAAGUCCAGCUCGCCUCUGGGUCAGGACAGCAUGAGUUCAGAUCAGAGGGUGGCCUCCACCUCCACCUCUCACACAUCCUCCAAUACAGCUAAACACAACCCCGGCUCAG